UUUGUCAUAAACGGAGCGACGUAAUUUCGACCUGUCCUUUCCCGGGAGUUAGCGAUCCCUCAAGCCCUGCACUGCGCUAGUCCCAAAGAGGAAAUGUCUCUACGCUGCGGGGAUGCAGCCCGCACCCUGGGGCCCCGGGUAUUUGGAAGAUAUUUUUGCAGCCCAGUCAGACCAUUAAGUUCCUUGCCAGAUAAAAAAAAGGAACUCUUACAGAAUGGACCAGACCUUCAAGAUUUUCUAUCUGGUGAUCUUGCAGACAGGAGCACCUGGGAUGAAUAUAAAGGAAACCUAAAACGCCAGAAAGGAGAAAGGUUAAGACUACCUCCAUGGCUAAAGACAGAGAUUCCCAUGGGGAAAAAUUACAAUAAACUGAAAAAUACUUUGCGGAAUUUAAAUCUCCAUACAGUAUGUGAGGAAGCUCGAUGUCCCAAUAUUGGAGAGUGUUGGGGAGGUGGAGAAUAUGCCACCGCCACAGCCACGAUCAUGUUGAUGGGUGACACAUGUACAAGAGGUUGCAGAUUUUGUUCUGUUAAGACUGCAAGAAAUCCUCCUCCACUGGAUGCCAGUGAGCCCUACAAUACUGCAAAGGCAAUUGCAGAAUGGGGUCUGGAUUAUGUUGUCCUGACAUCUGUGGAUCGAGAUGAUAUGCCUGAUGGGGGAGCUGAACACAUUGCAAAGACUGUAUCAUAUUUAAAGGAAAGGAAUCCAAAAAUCCUUGUGGAAUGUCUUACUCCUGAUUUUCGAGGUGAUCUCAAAGCAAUAGAAAAAGUUGCUCUGUCAGGAUUAGAUGUGUAUGCACAUAAUGUAGAAACAGUCCCGGAAUUACAGAGUAAGGUUCGUGAUCCUCGGGCCAAUUUUGAUCAGUCCCUACGUGUACUGAAACAUGCCAAGAAGGUUCAGCCUGAUGUUAUUUCUAAAACAUCUAUAAUGUUGGGUUUAGGCGAGAAUGAUGAGCAAGUAUAUGCAACAAUGAAAGCACUUCGUGAGGCAGAUGUAGACUGCUUGACUUUAGGACAAUAUAUGCAGCCAACAAGGCGUCACCUUAAGGUUGAAGAAUAUAUUACUCCCGAAAAAUUCAAAUACUGGGAAAAAGUAGGAAAUGAACUUGGAUUUCAUUAUACUGCAAGUGGCCCUUUGGUGCGUUCUUCAUAUAAGGCAGGUGAAUUUUUCCUGAAAAAUCUAGUGGCUAAAAGAAAAACAAAAGCCCUCUAAAACUUCAACAAGACCUUCAAGACCACAGAAAUUUUUAAAAUUUGAUUCCAGUUAGUAACAGAGGUGGUGCCAGAAUGCCUGGACUGCAGUGGAUGUACCCUACCUCUUUGCUUAAAAAAAAAAAAAUGUCAAUACCCAGGCAUAGUGGCUCACGCCUGUAAUCCCAGCACUUUAGGAGGCCAAGGCGGGUGGAUCACCUGAGGUCAGGAGUUCGAGACCCUCCUGGCCAACAUGGUGAAACCCUGUCUCCACUAAAAACACAAAAAUUACUCAGGUGUGGUAGUGGGCGCCUGUAAUCCCAGCUACUCGGGAGGCUAAGGCAGGAGAAUCGCUUGAACCUGGGAGGGGGAGGUUGCAGUGAGCCAAGAUCGCUCCAUUGCCCUCCAGCCUGGGUGACAAGAGCAAAACUCCAUCUCAAAUAAAUAAAUAAAAAGGAAAAAAAGUCAAUAAACUUUACAAAUUUAAUUACAGUAA